AUUAUAAAGACAGUCACCAGGACAUAAAAAGCCUCACCAAGAACCUGUGGCCACUAGAGGAUACACAGCUGAAAGGAGAACGAACAAAAAUCUCAAACUCGAACACAACGUCAGAAACUUCUGCACAGCAAAGGUAACAGUGCGGUGUUUACCUUCAUCCGGUGUCCAUUACUGACGGUCUUCAAACCACAGAAAAAUAUGAAGACCACUUUCGCUAUAUUGGCAGCACUGACCGUGGUCGCUGUCGUUUACGGUGCAAAAAAUAAAGCUGGAGAUAAACCAUCACCUGCAGUAGCACCCUCUGUACCAGAAAAAGAUGAAAAAAAGAUUCCUUUUAAAACUUCUGAAGAAGAUGAUGGACAAGAAAAAGAUCCAAAAGAAUCGGGGAAAUUAGAGGGAGAUGAAAAGAAACAAGGUGGUCUCCAAUUAGACAAAGGUCUGUCCGAUGACGAGAGAGACCACUUGAUACGCAAGGAAUUGUCUAAACAAGGCAAGCUACUGGUGGAUGAGCAAAGUGGAAAAGUCCGUCUUGUGAAAGCCGGAGCACAAGGGGAAGGAGUUCCAAAGUCAUACAUUGUCACGCUUAAGGAAAACGUUUCGAAUAAGGGAGUAAAACAGAUGUUAAAAGGGAGUGGUUUGAGAGGCAAAUCCAAGCGGGUGAAAUUCAGCCCCAAAACGAACUUUGUUCUAAUUGAUGAUGUCGAAGAAGAAGAAUUGGACUCCCUAAGAGACUAUACCGAUUUAAUCAAGGAAAUCGAACAAAACAACGUAGUCCAUGCUGUUGAUGAUUGCGUUACCAGUCAACUUCAGAGCGCCUUAUGGGUAAGUUGAAUUUUGAGAAAGAUCCAAAUAA